CUCCGAUAUGUUUACCAUAUGGAUGUACAUGUAUUUAAUCUACUGACUUUCACACUUAUGUGCGUAGGCAUGUCCAUACAUGUGGCAACACUUUGCAGUUUGAACUUUGAAAUGGAAAUUUCACGGCGACUGUAACCGAUUCACUGUGCAGCAUUAGUACUGGCAACAAUGGUUAACUUGUUGCCAUAUUAGUCGGGUUGGAGUGCCGAUUGAUCGAUCCGUCAGUCAGUCGGUCAGACAGUCGUUCGGCCGGUGGGCCGCACGUCGCACCGUUAAGCAACCAGAGAAACAGCAACAAAAUGCUGAAACUUAACCAAAAAUACACAAUGCGAGUAAUCGGGGGCUACCACAACACGAUGAAUACGACGACGACGACGACAACCAAACGACAACAAAUGAGUUAGUAUGGAUCGCCAGGCGCAUUGUUAUUGUUUUUUUUUUCUGUUUUCAUUUUGGAGACGACUGUAUGGCAACGACAACAACAAAAAGAACAACAGCAACAACACGCUCCACAAUCGACAACGAUGAUGACAACAGUAACAACAACCACGGAGACGACGACAAUGGCAAUGACGUUGGAGCAUGCCACACAUACUAAGGCCAGUCAGCCAACAAACCAGCCAGCCAGCCAGCUAAACAACAACCAACCAGUCAGCCCCAACAACAACGACAAGGAACCGCAUCACACCACACCGCACCAGAAGCAGCAAGCUGUCGCAGCACACAGACGGCACAACACAGUAACAACAUUAGCAGGCACCACUACCACAAGCAGCGGCAGCAGCAACGUUGGCGGUGUGUUAAAUAAAAAAACAUAUGAAAUUAGUACAAUUCGUGAUUUCAACGGUGAACGACGACGAAACGGUACGUAUGUGCGCGCUCGAAUGUGUUAAACAACAAUCAAGUUGCGGCUGCUGCAAACCCAAUAACAAACAACAAAAGCAACCCACCAAGCACCACACAUACCCCACCAGCGAGACAGUCAACAACAAGAGAAAAACCCGAAAUACAGCAUCAGUCGGCCAGUCAGUCAGCAUCAUCAUCAUCGGGCAAGCCACUGCUGAAGAAACCCAAAACCAGUUAAGAUCAACGUAAAUUUUUGGCCAACAGCCACCACCAGACCAGAUCCACUACCACCAACAAAACGCCGAGAUAAAAAUAAGACACAAAAAUCAUCUGUUUUGUCCACCAGUUGGCUCCAACAAACUAAACAGCCAUCCUGCCUGCCCCCAAAAAUAAUCGAUACACCAAUCGAAGAGCAAGUGGAGGGUAAAACGUACGCAAAACAGGGAAGUAGGAAGGUUUCAAACACUUGUUGGGAACCCAACCAGCCAGCCAACCUGUUGCUCACAUGAACAGGCUCGGCCAACAAAAACAAGCUGUUUUCCAUACUACUUCUUAACGCACCCCGUCCCUUCCCUCCCCUUCUUUGGUUACUCUUAUCUCUGUACAAGCAACCACCCCACCCCCUCAAAUUCAGCCAUAAACGAUCUCCUCCGCGCACUCAAAAUGUACAACAAAGGCAACAGCAAUUCUAGUUCUUCCGCAACAACGACUGCUACCUCCACCACAAAUGCUAACGCGGCCACCAGCUCCUCCGCAGGCAACAACAACAGCUCUUCGGCAGGCCCAAAUGAUCGCAUUGAAUGGUCACGUGCCACCAUUUUGGGAUUUAUCGAAGACUAUCGACGGCAAAGAGUACUUUGGGACCCCAACACAAAGGGCUACCACAUCAAGCAGACCAAAUAUGAGGCUCUCAAGGCUUUGGGCCAGAAAUACGGUGCUGAAAUUCGUUCAAUACGCUCCAAAAUCAAGAGUCUUCGUUCCUCCUUUCAUCGGGAACAUGGCAAGGUGAUUAACGGCCGCCGAAAGGGGCUAAACUAUCAGCCCAUGUGGUUUGCCUACGAUGCCAUACGUUUCAUACUGGACGGUGAAACGGGUGACUCCGAUGAGGCAGAUGGAGUACCCAAAAACGACAAUCUGGAUAGCACAAGUGAAAGCAACUUGAACAACAACAACAGCCUCACGAAUAACAAUAACAACAACAGCAGCAUAAACAGCCUAAUGGGCUGGAGUGGUCAUGCGACCGAUGAGGAACCACUAUUGGAAGAGCGUAAAAUUUCUAGUCGUGACAUUGAGCAUUUCAAUAAUCAUUUCUUGGCACUGGGCUUGCAAGCUCGCCAUCCCAUGGCAAUGUUGGCGGCAGUGGAGGCAGCUGCGGCCGCUUCGGUUCUCUCUGCGGCAGUCCAAGAGAAACGACAAGAGCAAGAUUAUGCUCUACUCAAGCAACAACAACAACAGCUGCUGCUGCAACAACAACACAAGCACAAGUCUGAUAACGACGAUGACAAUAGCGAAAACGGCCAUAGACAUGACAGCUCUUCUUCUCCAUCGCCGCUAAAAAUUAUCGAAUUAUCCACCAUCAGCAGUAAUAACAACAACAACGACAGCGUCGGCAAUGUCAACAUUAUGUCGUCUUCUACCAACACCACCGCCAACACCUCCUCCUCCAACACCGCUUCUGCAACGCUCAACCCAAUUUCGAAACCCUUUGCAAGUCCAAAACCUUCGUCACUAUUAGCUGGGGCUCCAACAGCAACAACAACAACGACUAAAAGCACAAGUGCCACGGCCAUCACACCACCACCUCAAACCUUGCAGCCACCAGCGCAAUCUCAACAACAACAGCUACCCCACCACCAGCCAUCCUCAACGUCGACGUCGUCGGUGACGACGACAGCGGCCACUACGUGCUCCCCAGAAAAUUAUAAUGUUUUACACGGAUCACGUAGCUUAGAUGAAAAUUCUGCCAUUGCUAUUGGCAACAAUGCUGCCGCGACUGCAAUUUCCAGUCUUCCGAUAACGGCUGUGACACGUACCUCCGAUUUCGAUGGCAGCGAAUACUGCAACAUCAGCGCCGAGGAUGUUAAGACCGAAAUUUUUGAAAGUGAUUCCACCGAGCUAGCUAUGCUUGAGAGCGCACGCACUUCCACUCCGGUACCAUUGAAUUAUCACAAACAUGCCACUGACUUGACAGUGCAACGCAAUGGCAACUCUCUGGGUGGUGUUGGUGGCAGCACCGGCAGCAGUCGUAAACGUAAAGCUCAAAUGCAUUCAAAUGCAAAUCACACCAUGGAUGCCGAUGCACCAUCUCCCUCUAAAUUAUUACAACAACAUUCCAAUGCUAUACACUCCAGGCAAUGUGAUUAUCUGAACAGCAGCAUUAAUGGCGGAGCAGGAUUCUCGGCCAAUAAUAGCAACAAUAAUAACCAUCAUGCUGCCUCCAACAGUAGCGGUACCUCUAAUCCACUGACAAGCGGUUCAAAGCCGAGCAGCACUCCCAUCGACGAAUACGGGGUAUUCGGUGAAUAUGUGGCCAUAACCAUACGCAAACUAAAAACGUCCAAAGCCAAAAUAGUCGUCAAGCAUCUGAUCAACAAUCUCUUGUAUGAGGCUGAAUUGGGCAAAUAUGAUCAGGGUAUACCCGCAAGUAAGGAACCACCAGAACUCUAUAAAAUGUGAUAUGAUUAAAAAGAACUAUUCUAAAAUAAACAAUCAUUGUUUUUUGUUUUUAAUUUAAAAGGAAAUACAAAUUAUAAAAAAAGAUAAAAUAAUGAAGGUGUUUUGCAAUACCAAAAUUGAAGUUUUUUCUCUAAAAAAUAUUCUAUGGACACAAUUAGAAUGCAUUUAAAAUUAAAUUUUGACUAUUCGACCCUUCCGAAGAGUAUGUAUUGCAAACUGCCUUCAUAUAAAUAUCUAGAAUUUGACCUCAUUUCAAUUCAAACAAUUAAUUACCUUGUUUAAACAAAUGUUACCUUGAACACUAGUCAAUUUGUGUUUCAAAUCAUAAUCAGGGAUAAAUAAAUGAAAACAAAAUGUUAAACUAUAAUUAAAAUAAGAAGCAACAAUUUUGAAAAUCAAACGUCAAUGAUGUUUAUGAAUUAUAAAUAAUGUAAAAUUUAAACAACUCCAUAGCGGAGGAAAGAACUAAAUUAUUUUAUUUUUUGAUUGUUUUGUUAUAUUUACUACCAUUAUUAUAUACAAAUAUGUAAAACUAAGCAAAUACUAAUGCUACCUACUAUUAAUUAAAUAUAAAACUUUAUCGAAUAGUGUUGAGUUCACAUUCGACUUGGGAAGAUUUGCAAUCAACACUCGACACUAUUCAGACAACUCAGGUGCCUUUUUUUUUUGUUAGUCAUUUAAGUUUUGUUAACGCUCACUCGCUCCCAGCUAAAUGAAAUUCAAGGGGAGUGAUUGACAUAUAAGUACCUUAUGUUAUGAAUAUACCUACCUACCUUAUUUAAUUGAAAUAUGAAAUGAAAGAAACAUUACUUUUUUUUCUUCUUUUUUUCCACUAUUUUAUGUUCUCCACUUAAUUUUCUUAUAUGGAUCUUAACUUCUCUAUACAAAUAAUUAUUAUUACAUCUAUAAACAUGAAUAAAAUUAUUAAAUAUUUAGUUGUAUUUAAUUGUUACUUAAUAUUUAAUAAAAAACAAACUAUUUGUUCCAAAACAA